AUGUUUGAUAAGUUGAAUGAAAACAUUUUCCAUCUAAAAUUAAAUGAAAUAGAAAAUUUAAAACAUCAAAUAACUUCCCAUUUACUUGGAUUGAAGAAUGAAAUUGAAAAAUAUAUACCUGAAAUUAAUGAAGUAGAUCUUAAGUUUUUUGUCAAUCCUUUUUCCGUAAAAGUUAAUGUUUUGCCUUCAAAUAUUCAAGAAGAAGUUAUUGAAUUAAUAAAUUCUUACGAGUCAAAAAUCUUAUUUGAAUCUGCACCAUUAAUUGAAUUUUGGUGUAAAAUGACAUCAAAAUAUCACAAUAUUGGAUUUUAUAUAAUCGAUUUUUUGCUUUUGUUUCCGACUACAUAUCUCUGCGAACAAGGAUUUUCAUCGUUGUUUAAUUUAAAAUCAGUUCAUCGUGCGAGGCUGAAUGUUGUUCAUGAUAUUCGGGUGUGUCUUUCGUCAAAGGAUCCAGAAAUCGAUAGAUUAGUGAUUGAUAAACAACACCAUCCAUCUCAUUAA